AACAUUUGUACCGCUACCGAGGAAAGUAGUGCGCAGUUGGCAAGGCAAGUCAAGUAUCCGAGUCUUGCAAUUGGAAGACCCGAAUCUCUUCAUCGACUUUCCGCCUUCCUUUGUCCCGGCGCAUUGCUUUCAGCUUCAAAUCUGCAUACCACCCCACCUCACCGAAACCGCCGGCUUGAGGUUCCUCGAGUCUUGAAGCCUCCUUGCUCUUCGCGCCUCUUGCCACAUCUCCCAGCAUGCGCCUCAUCCGCCAGGCCAUCGUGCAAAAAGAUGGCUCCGGCAGCGCAACGUUGCUCCCAGAGGAGCCCGAGGAUAUGUGGCAUGCAUACAAUCUGAUCCGAGCAGACGACCUCCUCACGGCCUCCGCCGUUCGCAAAGUCUUCACCGAUGCCGCAGGAAGCAAGACCUCCGAUUCCGCCACCAGUCGAGCGAAUAAGCGCAUACACAUGAUCCUUACCAUACGAGUCACGAAACUCGACUUUGAUCCUCAGGCUGGGCAACUGCACGUGUCAGGACAAAUCGUGUCGGAGAAUGAGCAUGUCAGUCUGGGGAGCCACCACACACUCGAUCUCGAACUACAUCGGAAUUUCACAUUGGAGAAGGCGGACGGAUGGGACAGCAUAGCGAUCGCAACGCUGAAAGAGUCUGUGAAUCAGGAUGCAAAGGCACAAUUAUGGGCCGUCGUCAUGCAGGAGGGUAUGGCCAACAUCUGUCUCGUGACGGAAUAUCAGACGAUAUUACGGCAAAGAGUGGAGAUGCCCAUACCGAAGAAGCGAGCAGGAUCAUCCGAACACGACAAGAGGCUGGACAAGUUCUACCAAACAGUCUUCGACUCGCUGUUACGGCAGAUCAACCUCGAGGACCCGAAACCACUGCUACUGGCAAGCCCUGGCUUCACGGCAAGCACGUUCCAACAAUUCAUCAAGAAGCAGGCUGCGGGUGGCUCGAAUAAGCCGUUGAGUCUGCUGGUGUCGAAGAUCACAGUCGCACACUCAGCAUCCGGCCAUACUCACAGCCUGGCAGAAGUCUUGAGCAGUCCAGCGGUCACCAGCCAAUUGAGCGACUCGAAAUUCGCCCGCGCAACACAAGUCAUGGAUCGCUUCUCAGAGAUGAUCAGGAACGACGACCUACGAGCGUGGUAUGGUCCGAAGGAAGUUUCCAAAGCCAUCGAGCGAGGCGCUGUAGGCAAGGGAGGAGGAGUGCUCAUGAUCUCAAACGGUCUGUUCAGAAGUCAGGAGAUCAAGACCCGCAAACGCUGGAUCACGGUUGUGGAUGAAGUCAAGGAGCAAGGAGGGGAGGUCAUUGUGUUGAGCAGCAUGCAUGAAAGUGGAAAGCGAUUGGAGGGACUUGGAGGCGUGGCAGCGAUUUUGACGUGGCCGAUUGAAGACUUGGAUGAUGAUAUGGGUAAUGUAGAAGGAGGAGAAGAUCUACCAGACGAUGAUGAUGGACCGGCGCAUGCAAGUACUCCCAGACUGCGACCAGCGCUCACAGCGAUUUCUCCGGCUCAGACUCGCAAGAUGACCGAGAUCAAGAAGAUCAGCACGCCAUUGGCUGCUCAGCCCGUGGCCGCCUACUCCCAAGCCAUCCAAGCCGGCCCGCACAUCUACGUUUCCGGCCAAAUCCCCGCCGACGCCCAGGGAAACCUCGUCGAAGGCAGCAUUGCCGAGAAGACGACCGUCUGCAUUGAGGGACUGAAGAAUGUGCUCGAAGCGGCUGGGAGCUCGUUGAGCAAGGUGUUGAAGGUCACGAUUUUCCUGACGACCAUGGACAACUUCGCGGAGAUGAACUCGGUGUACGAGAAGUACUUUGGCGAGACGCGGCCGGCGAGGUCGUGUGUGGCUGUGCACCAGUUGCCGAAGGGUGUGCCGGUGGAAUUGGAGUGUGUUGCUUUGAGCGCAAGCGGUUGA